AUGGAACUAUUGACAGAUUUGAAAUCAUUGGACGUACCACCUUCAGUUCAUCGAAUAACUGAAUUGGCUAAAAAUAAUGAUCAACCAAAAGAAAAUGCAAAAACAGACGAAGAAACAACCGGUAUAAACAUUGGUUGUGGUUCGAAUACCACAAAUAAUGGAUCAAUUAAAGACAAAAUAACUUGUGUCUUCCGACUACAACAAGAAAGAACAUUUGAUUUCAUCGUCGGAAUGAUGAGUGCCCUUACGUUCAACAUGAUUUUGUACUUAUUGGUUAUGGCCUGCAAAAUGGUAAAACGUAAAUUUUUCCCGUGCCAUUACCGUUUUCCUCCACCACCACCACCUCCAGAGGAACCAAUCAUGUUGCCACCGUUGAUUCAACAAGUCAAAAGACCAUUAAAGAGAUAUUGCAAGGAAGUACAUGUUGAAGAUGAAAGUCACGAAAUUACAAAAAGAGGAGUAAUCAGUAUAGCAUACAAUGCAGUAAAAGUGGUUAUUUCCGUUCUCGCUGUAAUUGGACUAGUUAACAUUUUUGGUUCCCAUAAUGAUGGAUAUGAUCCGGAAUUGGGUAAGUUAGAACUUGAAAUAAACCGAAAAAUGUUUGGAGUUAUCAGGAAACUUCAUGACGAACUAUAUGAAGUAAGAUCUGAAUUAGAAGCUGAAAGAGUCAUGACCAUGUUAAGCAUUAAAUUUAGUGAUUCGGAAAAAUUGAUUCACCAAAUCUUUGACUCUGAGAAUCCACGUUUUGCAAACGCAUUAGAAUCAUUGUUCCCAGGAAUUACUAUGGGACCAAACACACCGAAGAAAUAUUGGCAUAUGGAAAGCUGUCUUUUAAAACAAAAAGGAAUAAAGACAAAAUUGAUUAUUAAUGUAAAUGGCAUAAGAACGGAUCAAGAUUAUACCCUAUUGAGAGCUGAUCCUUUUUAUUUAGCAGUAAUAGAACCGAAAAAUUUAACAGGACAUGAGGAAAUAUGUCUCACGAAAUAUAACGGUCCACAAUAUGUGGUAUAUCAGGAAAAAACUGGUUGUUCAGCAGAAAUCGUGUUCGAUCCAAUAGAGGAGCAUCAGACACCAUUUGUUUUCCAUUCACCAACUUGCCGACGGGCAAUGAAAUCUGUGGUGAAUCAAUGGAAAAAAACAAAGUGUAUGCAACCAGAUAAAAUUAUACCAGAGGAAAUUGUCCAAGUAAAGAUGGACAAUGAAUUCGUGUAUUAUUAUUGCUACACCCAGAAUACCACCAUAAUGGGUGUUGAAGAAAAAUGCCAAAAUAAGAUUUACAAAGUCAAGAAAGGUAAAAACAUCACUAUAAACCAUGAAGUGAUAAAAUUCCACAAGGUCAGGAUGGAAUUAUUUACAAAUAUCGAUACGGACCUCACUGACGCAAUCAACAGCAAAAUUUCCCGCCAAGAUGACGUCGAAAUUGCUCUGAAUCAUUUAGAAAAAAUGAUUGAGCAAGAAGAUCAACUAGUGGCUAAAAUCACUAGUUCAUAUCUACGAUAUUAUUUAAUUUGGACUACAAUAAUUGUAAUAACUAUAGCAUUAAUUAUUGCAAUAUGUUAUAUUUGUUACCAAAAGAAGAAGUCUAUAAAAUAUCGUGAAAAACGUCGGGAAAGGCUGGAGAGUGCAUUGCGAAGUGAGAGGAUUGCAAUGACAGCAGUAUAGAUGAAUGCUGUG